AUGUUCCCCGCCAGCCCCACCCCCGCAGCUUGGCGUGGUGCCUCCAACACCUGGCUGAUGUGCUGGCUCUGUGUCGCGGCGCUGCUGGCGGUGCCGGGGCAGUGUCGGGGGUCGCGCCGUCCCGGCGCUGUCUCUGCGCUGUCCCUGCAGUGCUUCAGCGCGGCCGAGCUGGAGUCCGGGGCUCCAGCGCAGCUCCUGGGGCGCAGCCUGCGCUGGGAUCGCCACGUGGCCGUGCAGCUGGUGCCACAUCUGGAACAGCUGGAGGCCAGCGCGGCCCGGCGGCUGCGGCGGCACCGCCCGCGCUCCUGCCCCGCUCUGGCGCUGCGCUCCGAGCUCCACAGCCAGCUCCAGGAGCGCUCCAUCUCCCCGUGGCGAUACCGCAUCGACGAGGACGAGAACCGCUACCCGCGGCGGCUGGCGUUCGCAGAGUGCCUGUGCAGCGGCUGCGUGGAUGUCAAAACCGGCCGGGAGACCACGUCGCUCAACUCGGUGGCGAUCCAGCAGGAGAUGCUGGUGCUGCGGCGCAAGCCGUGCCCGCGGUCGGCGGGGCAGGGCCGCUUCAGGCUGGAGAUGGAAUAUAUCCAGGUGCCCGUGGGCUGCACCUGUGUCCUGCCCCGCACCGUGCGCUGAGCGCCCCGCGCCCGCACCGCCCCCAUGCGUGACCGUGUCACCGCCCGGCCCCCGCCCGUGCUUGUUUUAGAGCACCCGACCCCGCCAGGGUGUCCCCGGCCCUGGUUAUUUAUGAGUUAUUUAUAAGCCUUGCUGCCGGGGGGGCUUUUGUAGCCCCUAUUUAUUGCUGGCCCCCCCAGGCUGUGACUCCAGGGCCAGCAUCGCCCCACGGCCAGACCCUGUGAGUGCUGCCCGGGCUCUCACUGGUUAUUUAUUCCCUCAAAAUGCUAUUUAUUGUCUCCUCCCUGGUGCCAUCUAAUGCUGCAAAUAAAAGCUAACAAGCCUUUAA